AUGACGUACGCAACUACCAAAGGAAAUGCCAUCAUCAUCAAAAGCAGCCCAGAAGACCGGGCCGACAGCCGGGAUCUGAAGCCAAGGGAGUUGGUGUGUAUAUGCUCCACAGAGCCAACAGGGAGGGCAGAGUACGGAGAAGGGGCUGGGAACCAGGAAUUGGGAACUGGGAACUGGGAACCGGAGCCACGCCACUCGGAAAACAAUGAGCAGGCCAAUGCCAAGGGCUUAAAGAAAUCCAAUCCAUGCGGCUCAAAUUGCGGCCUGCUCCUGGCAAAAAUUGACAAGUGUCUGAAUCACUGGGCGCUGCAGUCGGGAUGACAUAUGGAGGCAGGGAGACCCAGCGACACGCAGCCGACAAUCGAUUAAUCAGCGAAAAAUAAUAAGAAACACGUUCGCUCCUCCCCGCCGAAAAUACUGUGACUCCCCGCGACUCCCCAGAUAUCACGGAGAAGGAGAUGCAACUGCAGUCGAGAAUCGAGUCCCUGAAUGCGGAACUAAUGUCGCUCGAGCACUCAAAAAAUGGGGAACUCCAACAUUUCAGGCAGACAAAUAAAUAUAAAGCAGCAGCAUCUAAGGCGGCGCUAUGACAAACAUUUUUAGAUGAAUAAAACUUUGGGUAGAGCCUG